CUCACCUACUAGCGGAGAUUUAAAUAUUUAAUCGUCAGCUGUGUUUACUUGCAGUAACUGGCAACUGACGGAACAUCAUCUAAUAUCCAGGGAGAUUGCCGCUGCUCGGAUAAGUAUAUACCUGCAUACCCAUUCCACAGUGUUAUUUUGGAUUGGAUUAACGGUCGUGCCAGGAGCUGGGCAGGCAAGAGACAUUCGGACCACAAAAGGAUUAUAUGUACACGGCAAAACAGGUCCCUGUGUUAAUGGACGAAAAAUGAGGCAGCAUUUCUCAGAAAUUUGUUAUUAACAACAUAAAAGUAAACUUAUUAGAAUAACUUAGCAAAGAUCAGCCCCAUUAUAUAAAGUGAGAUAUACCCAACAUCCCUUGGCAACAUGCUCGCCAAAAUGAAAGCCAGCGCUGAGCAGGACAUCGAGAAGAAGAACGCCGAUCUUAAACCGGUGCUCAUUACCGAGCGGAAGCUCAGCGCUUAUGAGCGGAAGGAGAAAGACAAUGUCAGCAUCAGCGAUAAGCCACGGAACAGCAUCGCUGUUCCCGCCAAACGGCCACCCCCAAAGGCGGCCCAGCCCCGGGGGUCUCUGUCCGGAAUGCUGGCCACCAAAAAGUUCUUCAAAAGGUUAUCAAAGAAGCAGCGUGCGGCAUCCACGGUGUCGGUUCCUGUGAAGCAGUAUGAGCCGACCUAUCGCAUGGAACCCAAGGAACAUUACAAUGAGAAGACUGUUUAUUCUAUCGUGAAGGAACUUAUUGACGAGAAAUUAGAGGGAAUGAUUUAUAGCAAAAAAUACUCGGGAAAUCUCACGAAGAUCAUUAGCAACCAGAUCAAAGAGAAAGUGAAAGCGCUUCACUACGACCGCUAUCGGAUUAUUUGUAAUGUGAUGCUGGGUGAGAAUCGUGGGGCCACGGUUCUGGCCACGAGCCGAUGUGCCUGGGAUCCCAAAACGGACGAUUUCACAUCAUACUCGUUUCAGAGUAAACAUCUAUUUUGCAAUGUGUCGGUGUUCGCGGUAUAUAAGGAAUGAAUAGAGGAGUUGUUUAUUUGUAUUCCAAAUUAAAGUUAUUUACAAGGACUAGAGCUUGUGAAAUCCCGCUCAAAGACUUUUUACAUAUUUUACAUGUAGAUUUAUAGAGGGUUCAACGAAGACGCUUUAACAUGUCAUUUUUCUUGAUAACUAUGAUAUUAUAUUUCAUUUAAUUACACUCUUGAUCGUACAUUUGUACGAUCUGUAUUUUAUUCACAAACCAUAUACAUGUAUAUUCAAAUAUGUGAUAUUGAAUAAAUCGUAUUUACGAUAA